CUCGUUAAAUGGUGCACAAACCAAUCAGGUUAUAGCAUAAAUAAACAAUAAAUAAUGGAAUGGUGGAAAGUGGAAAUCUAUACACAGUUUAGAAGUAAAAAUAAAAACAUAUUAUAGGGAUUAUUACAUCUCUGGAUACAAAAUAAUAAGUACCAACGAGGAGGUAAACGACUAAUGUCGUCGAAAUAGUGUGAUUCAAAAUUCAGCCAGAAUAAAACAACUGUUUCCCUGGUGGUUUCCCCCUUCUGUGCUAGAAACUGAAUUUUUUAAAUAUAGCAGUAUAUUUCAUAUUAUUGAAUUAAUAUAAGUGAAGCGCGACUUCUUAAAAUGAGUGCUACAAAACGAAUAAGGGGAUGUAACUACACGGCCGAAGAAACCAAUAAAUUAUUAGACCUCGUUCUACAGUAUCACUCUGCUAUAGAAGAGAAAAGGACAGGUGCUGUAUUCUUAGCCCGUAAAAAAGAAGCAUGGGAAAAAAUUUGUUCAGCAUAUAAUGCUGUCGCCACCAGUGGGAUUAGAAGUGUUGAAAGUUUAAAAACAUUUUAUGACAAUAGGAAACAAAGGGCUAGAAAAUCCUUGGCAGAACAUAAUAAAAAAGAACACAGAGCGUUACAAAAUAUAACGGAGGGAGAUUUAAAAACAUCUCUAGCAUACCCCACUAUUCCAGAUCCUAACCAGAAAGUUUUGGCAAUUAUCAAGAAGGAAGUAAUACCUCUGCCAAAUGGCAGUGACAGUGCUGCUUUCAACUUCAAAGAUCAUUCGGAGGAUAUACUUAUUCAGCCGGAUGUACCACACCACAUAUUGGAACCUGGAUAUGAAAACCACGUGACAGAUUACAUGGAGACAGCUCGGCACGAUGAUGUGAACUCGCCCACAAACACUGAAAAUUGUGAGGAAAACGAUUCAUCACCUAAAAAGAAGAAAAUUAAGAAGAACCUCAUGUAUUAUAAACAAUUAUAUUUUAAACUGAAGUGCCAAAAUGAAUAUUUGCAAAAACGGAAAACUUUACAGGACAUAAGACUGCGGCAACGGGAACAUUCAAUGUUCAUGAAAGAACAUAAUUUGAAGUUAGAAAUAAUGCAGAAAGAAUUUAAUGAGAAAUUUAAAUGAGCGGUAAGCUCCAAGUGACACUGCCAAAUAAUAAAAAAAAUGGAGCUCUUAUCAAUAUUUAAAUCAUGACUGAUUUCCAUGAUUUGGACCUCUUUUUUUUUUUUUCAAUGAAAAUUGGCAGGUACCUGAUAAGCCUAACCUUGAUCUUGUAAGGACUGUGUGGAGUCCUGAGCAAUGAAUGUCAUCUUAGUGCAUUACUGAUGGACCUGAAUGUUAUAAAAAGACCAUAUUAUUAUUUCUGUAUUUGUAUUUUUCGAACUUAAGCAAGUGGUAAUUGACAAUGCCAGUUAAAUCUGUGCUUUUUUUGGGUGCAAUAAUGUCAGAAUUGCAAAUAAAAAAGUGAAUUUGA